UAUCUUCUCUUUGGACCUUCCAGCGACUGCACACUCAUAUUACUAUUGAAAAGCUGCCUGGAGAACUAUAGCAGGACUCGGUAUCGUGGAGACGGUCAACCAAGAUGUCUUUCUUCGGCAGAUUCAGCACUCCAGUCUUCAAGAACACAGGAUCUACCGCUCGUGAUCAUCUAGCCUCCGAGAGAACAUAUCUAGCAUGGAUGCGAACAGGUCUUGGUUUCCUCGCUUUAGGCAUCGGUGUGGAAAGAUUCAAUCAGCUGGACUUGGCCGAGAUUCUGCCCACGAAACAUAAAAAGCGUUUCCACGAGGACAAGACACACAACGACAAGUCGGAUGCUCUAGUCGGUGCUUUACUCGGAAGUGGAGCUGGAAGCAUUGCAUAUGGGACUACCAGGUACUUUUCGAACAUGCGAUUGUUGGAACAAGGACUGUUCAAGCCUGCCUUCCAUGGAGCUGCGUUUCUGGCUGUAGGGGUUGCUGGGAUUGCUGGAGCCGUUUACUGGUCCACUGUGAGAGAGCGUAAGGCCAAUUCCAGCCGUGCUUGAUUGUGGUUGGCAGAGGUGUUGGGAUAAUUGAAGGAGAAGACUACGACACCAAAAUUGCGUUGCGUUGGUCCUCGACGAACUUUUGACAGACACAGUUGCAUCGCAAGUUCAAUUUGCGUCUGCUCACUACGAGACACUUCCUCAAACCUACCACACUUCCUUGUUCUCACAAAGGUUAGAUAAAACGUCUCUGGUAAGCCCACACCCUCGUAAACUUUUGAAUCACGUACUCUUCACUUUGUC